UCAUGCUGCUGCCAGGUCCAGAGUCUCUCAUGGGUCCCUGUACGGCCUCCCAUUGCUGCUGUCUCCAUCGCCACACUCUGCCAUGUGCCACUUUCAGGUCUCCUCACACAUGCUGGUGUGUUCCAUUUUUUGUCAUAGGGUGCUGGCAGAUUACGGGCCUCCCAUAGCUGCUGCCAGGCCCCUAAUCUGCCAUGGGCCCCUAUACCGCCUCCUCAUGCUGCUGCCAGGUCCAGAGUCUCUCAUGGGUCCCUGUACGGCCUCCCAUUGCUGCUGUCUCCAUCGCCACACUCUGCCAUGUGCCACUUUCAGGUCUCCUCACACACUGCUGGUGUGUUCAAUUUUUUGAC